UUCUUGGGAAAUGUCGGCUUUGAGGUUUCCUCUGCCGGAAGCAUCGACUAGGUUGAAGGAGUGGUUGAAAUAUAAUGAUGUAGUGUUGGGGAGUCAAUCACUGGGCAGGCGGAAGGUAUUGGAUAUGAGUGGCUCUCGAUACAUAGCGACUAUGGAUCCCGAUAUUGAUGAGAAAGCGUUUCGGAAAGAUUCACCUGAGGAAACAUGUGUUGCGGUCGCUUGCGGCAAGGCUGAUGUGCUGGAGCGUCAGUUGAAGGGUUUGGAUGUCGUUUUGUUAUGUGGGGAUCAGGUGGCAGUUUGUGAAGAUGAAUUGCGUGAGAAACCGGAAGGCUCAGAGGAAGCCAGAAGGUUUAUAAAGGACUACGCUCAGGGUAAGGGAGUUAUAACGUGGACAGCUAUUGUAGUGGUGGAUUGUCUGAAUGGCACAAGAGCAGUUGGAUGCCAUAAGGCGAUCACAUGGUUCAAUCCCAUCCGCGAGCAUUUCAUCGACGCGAUAGUCGCUGACCCACACAGUUUGGUGUAUCGUUGUGCCGGGAGUUUCUGUAUAGAUGAUGUUAUGGGACCAUUUGUGAGGAAAAUUGAAGGGGGAAGCGACAGUGUGAUGGGCCUUCCUCUUGGAAUGUUGGAGGAAUUAUUACUGGGCAAAAUUAGACCAUUUUUAUGAGUGAUUCUGGAUAAUUAUUUGCACGCACGCGCAAGUGUGGAAAUUGAUUUGACGGUUU